AACAAUUUUGCUCCUAAAGCUGGAGAUUUAUUUUGAUCCUCCACCCUUAUCUUAUUAUAUCUUUGUAACACAAUACAAGUGUCAGGCGGCUAAUAUAUAUUAAAAAAUUGGUGAUUGCUACAACAAAUUGAUCAGGUCCUUUUUAAUAUAUCUUUUAAAAUAUAUUAAAAAAUGCCACAUAAGAAAUUACAUAUUAAAAAAAUGAAAAAUUUAAAUUAAGAAUUAAAAAAAAAAAAUGCUGGGGGCUGGGGCUCUAAUGGCUCUUUCCUUUGCUGCUGCUUCUUCUUCAUAUGAAAAGGGAGCUAAGAAGUUGACCGAGAGUUAAAUGGAUGAGUAUUUUUUAAUACUUCAAAACAACUGCAUAACUUUUGUUAUUUCACUCGUUUCCAUUCAACUGAAAGAAUCAAUCUUUCACCACUUCUACGUUUUUACUCAUUUUGAUUAGUCUUUUGACAGCUUAAGCAAGACACAUAAAUUGCCUACCUUUUCCACAAGAAAUGUAAUGUGUGCUUCUCUUUAGCUAGUGGGGAAAAAGCUGACAAAGAAAGUGGACUAAUGAAGUUGUUCCCAUGAGCUUAAUGAAGUCAAUGGACAGACGGUCACAAAAUACAAGUGGCGGACGGCUAAUAUGUAUUAAGAAAUUGGUGAUUUGUACAACAAAUUGGCCAAGAUCUUAAAACUACAAUUGAUGUGUUCUUCCAUUUAAAUAGAAUAAUGCCCUUACCCCACCUGCAACAAUAAUUGAAGUUCUCAUCCCAAUUUAUCACAAGGCAACUCUUUGUUAUCUAUACAAAUACCAUUUUAGUCGCUCAGAGAGGUAUGCCAUUUUUCUCUUGAUUUUAAUCUUGAUUACUUGCUACUAUAUCUUUUUGUUUUUACAUACUCAUAUUUGUUUUUUUUAUAGUAUUUUUAUACUCAUCUUUCUGAGUUAAUAACUGUUAGUUGAGUGGCCAUCUGAAAUCAACCUCAACAACUUAGCAUACGUACUGCCACCCUGUAAUUUUUUGUUAAGGACACUGCUGAUCAUUCGUCAAAACCUACAACAAGUAGCAGAGGACAUGGAUCGUAUCUGCAAAGAGUCGAUAAAGAUCCAAGAUAAAGGCAAACAAGUAUCAAAGGAAUCUUUGGUUCAUGAUUUUUUAAGUUCAACAAACGAUAUUCUGAAUGUUAAGAACAAUAUGGUUGGACGUGAUGAUCAAAGGAAAUGAUUGUUAGAAGAUCUGACUAUAAGCUACUCUGGCAAACAGAAAGUCAUCCCGAUAGUCGGGAUGGGCGGCAUAGGUAAAACAACCUUAGAGAAAGAAGUUUACAAUCAUGAAGCAAUUCUACGCCGUUUUGAUGUUCGUGCCUGGGCUACUGUAUCUCAACAACACAACAUAAAGGAAAUUUUGCUGAGCCUUCUGCAAUCGACGAUCAAAAUGGAUGAUACGGUUAAGACGAAAGGUGAAGCAGAGCUAAAAGACAUACUGCAGAAAAGUUUAAAGAGAAAGAGGUACUUAAUUGUCUUGGAUGAUAUCUGGAGUUGUGAAGUGUGGGAUGGCGUGAGACGAUGCUUUCCAACUGAAGACAAUGCAGGGAGUCAAAUACUAUUGACUACCCGUAACGAUGAAGUAGCUUGUUAUGCUGGUAUAGAGAAUCUUUCUUUGUGGAUGAGCUUCAUGGAUCAAGAUGAGAGUUGGAGUCUUUUCACAAGUGCAGCAUUUUCAAGUGAAGCAUUAUCAUAUGAGUUCGAGACUAUUGGGAAGCAAAUCGCAGAGAAAUGUCACGGGUUACCACUAACUAUUGUCGUGGUUGCAGGCUUCUCAAAUCUAAAAGGACAAUAGAAGAUUGGAAAAGUGUUGCUAAAGAUGUCAAGUCAUUUAUCACACAUGAUCUUGACGAAAAAUGUUCACGUGUGCUUGGGUUGAGUUACAAUCACUUGACUAGCGAUCUAAAAGCAUGUCUUCUGCAUUUUGGAAUUUUUCCAGAAGACAGUGAGAUUCCAGUGACGAAAUUGAUGAGAUUAUGGAUGGCUGAGGGCUUCCUGAAUUUGGGAAAUGACAUGGAAGGAGAGGCUGAGAAGUGUUUACAAGAUCUUGUCGACAGAUGUCUAGUUCUCGUCAGCAAGAGAAGUCGAGAUGAAACAAUAAUUAGAUCAUGUAAGGUUCAUGAUCUAAUAUAUGACCUGUGCUUGAGAGAAGUUCAAAGGGGAAAUUUUUUUUAUCAUGAACGACGUUGUUUUUGAAAAACCAGAUGAUUGUGAGCCAGUUCAUGUUCCUUCAGGAUGCCAAUCUCUCAGUAGAAUGUGUUUGAACAUUUACGUGCUAGAAAAGCUAAAUCUCUCAGUAUGCAUAAAAUGAAUCCCUUUAAGUGCCGGACUCGUGAGGAAAUGUAUGGUUUUGGCGGUGGUUUUUAUAGGGCUCUUCUUACCCCUGUACAUCAUCAGUUGAGAGAUUAUGACAACAAUGAUCUUUUGAAACAAACCUGUUCUAUUUUCUUUUAUGGUCGUGGCAUUUCAACUCUUAUUCUCAAAUCAUAGCUUACUCAUUUCAAAUUACUCAAAGUCUUGGAUGUUAGCCACGUGAUGAUUGAUAGUUUCCCUUUACAGAUACUAAGCCUCAUCUGGUUGAGGUACCUAUCUUUGUUCAGCUAUGGGAAGUUAGACAUACCUCCAGAAAUUUGCAGGUUAUGGAAUCUGCAGACCUUCAUUGUUCAAGGGAUGCUGACAUUCAAGCGAAAAGCCAUGUAUGGAUCAGUUAAAGUAACUUUUCCUGAGGAAAUUUGGGGACUAAUGCAAUUAAGGCAUCUCAAACAGCCCGAAUUUUAUCUGCCAAAUCCCCCAAGCGUAUCUGCUGACAAAGGGAGUCACAUGGGUUUCUCAAACAUACAAACUGUUUCUUACUUGUGUUCGGAUUGUUACACGAAGGAGGUUAUUUUGGGGAUUCAGAAUGCAAAAGAAUUAGGAAUCAUUGGAAAUGUUAUUGACUCUAUGAGUAUUCGGGACUUUGGGCUUCACAACAAUCUUGUUUAUCUGCAGCAACUUGAAACAUUGAGUUUUUCAUGUUGUCAAAAUAGAGUUUUGCCAGCAAGUGCAAAAGCAUUUCCAGCAACGCUCAAGAAGCUAAAGUUGGACGGAACGUUUCUAAAUUGGUCGUACUUGGACAUCAUAGCUGAAUUACCUAACCUUGAGGUGCUGAAGCUGAUGGAUGAUGCUUGUGAUGGCGAUGAAUGGCAUCAAAAUGUUAAGGGAUUUACUCUAUUGAAGCUUUUGUUAAUUGAAGAUAAUCAUCUCAAGUACUGGAAAGCCACAGAUGACAACUUUCCUGUCCUUGAGCGCCUCAUGAUUAGAAGUUGCAAAGACUUGAAAGAGAUACCCAUUGAGUUUGCAGAAAUACACACUACAGCUGAUUGAGUUAAGAAAGUGUUCUCCCAAACUUGGGGAAUCUGCUGCACGAAUUCAGAAAGAACAAGAAGACCUCGGAAACAAUCCUGUGGAUGUCCUUAUCUCCGAUCUGUGUAAGUAUAUAUAUACAUAUAGUAUUUAUCAAGGUUACACUCUGUUUCUCAUUUACACAAGUCACAUCAUACGGCUGUUAGAAUUUAAGCUUGCUAAAUGUGAGCACAUUUGGUAUCCAUCAAAUACAUUUGUUUAUUUCAAGAUUUGGUGUUACUUGUUAUGUGUAAUUUAUGUUAUUGUUUUGAAUAAUUUCAAAAACCUCUCCCCAAGUUUCGCUUUAUAAAGUUGAUCUCCCAUGUGACAUAUGAUACAACCUUACUUUGGUUAUUUUGAUUUCUUUGUAACAAUAACGUAUUUAUCACUUAUGUAAAAAUGUAUGAUUAAAUUAAACUUACUUUCCCCUUUUAAAAUUAUUUUGUUUAAUUAAUUUUAUAAACAUGUUUUAUGAGUUUCUACCCUUUUAUAUAUUCUAUUCAGUAUUGCUGUUAAACAAAAAUAAUAUUGAAAAUGAUAUUUUAUUCAUAUUCAAUGCUUGUCUUGCUUGUGUAAAUAAAACAUACUGCUGAAUAGUUAAUAAACAGUUACCAAGUUCUAGUCAUAAAAAAAGUUCUUUUCUUUUACAAUGACCAAAUAACUAGUGGUAUCCGCCUGAACUAAAUUUUAGCGUAUUUUUGUCAUCCUUUUUAGCUGAUUUGACACCUUAUGUCAACCUUGUUAGCUGACAUGUGGACCCUAUUUUAUGUAAUAAAGGUGUCACGUUAGUACAAAAGGGUGAUAAAAAUAUGCUAAAAUUGAGUUCGUGAGGGUCCCUGUGAAAUUGGAAUUGUUGGAGUCCCACAUCGAUGGAUUAAAAGGGUCCUUGGUCUCCUUAUAGAAAUGGACCUUGGGCCUAACUCAACCUCAAAAGCUAGAUCAUGAGGGGAGGAUUACCCAAGACCAUAUAAGGAGACCAAAGACCCUUUAACCCACCGAUGUGGGAAUCAAACACCCCCUCGCACGCCUCUGGAGCAUGGAUAAUAUAAGACCGGGGGCGCAGUAUCGGAAACAAUAAACUGGGUGGGCCUGGCUCUGAUAUCAGAAUCCCUUCACUGGUGCAUUUAAAGGUAGUAGGUUGUCUGUGCUAUGCUUCAGUAUUGCCUAAAGGUGAUAAGUUUGCAGAAAGAGCUAAACCAACAGUGAUGAUGGGAUACUCUACUUCACAGAAAGGAUAUUUGUUACUGGAUUUAGAUAGCAACAGAUUGUUUGUUAGUAGAGAUGUUUCAUUACAAGAGCAUGUGUUUCCAUUUGCCAACAGGAAAGAUAAAGAUGAUGCAGAUGGCUUUCUACAGCUGCAUGACUACCACAGUGAGAUAGAACCUGAUGAGAUUGAAGAUCAUGUAAUCAUCCCUUCUGCAGACACAGAUGGAUCACCACAAGGUGGAUUAGAACCUGAACACCUGGCUGAAGUUCUACCACAUCAAGAGUCAAAUAAUGAUGCACCAGUCACUACAGAGAUAAGAGAUAUGCAACAUCCACUUAGAAGAACUCUAAGAGUAACUAAAGAGCCUAUUUGGUUGAAGGACUAUACUACAGCAGGAAGAAGGAAGGGUACCAGAUACCCAAUUUCUCAUCAUCUAUAUUAUGAUAAUACUUCACUUGCAUACCAAUGCUAUGUUGAUUGUUUUUCUGCUUUGGUGGAACCACAAAACUUUAGUGAAGCAGCUGGAGAUGAAAGAUGGACUCAAGCCAUGAAGUUGGAAAUACAAGCUCUUGAAAACAAUAAUACAUGGGAAUUGGUGGAUUUACCACCAGGUAAGAAUGUUAUAGGUUCAAAAUGGGUAUAUAAAAUCAAGUACAAGGCAAAUGGAGAUGUUGAAAUAUUCAAGUUUAGACUAGUAGCCAAAGGAUAUAGCCAGCAGGAGGGGUUGGACUAUCAUGAUACUUUUUCACCUGUUGCCAAAAUGGUAACUGUCAGGUGUGUUGUUGCUCUAGCAAUGUCAAAGGGAUGGUAUUUGUACCAGAUGGAUGUGUAUAAUGCUUUUUUACAAGGUGACCUAGAUGAGGAAGUAUACAUGCACCUACCUGAAGGUUUACAGCAGAAAGGACAACAUAAGGUUUGUAGGUUACUGUAACUUAAACAAGCAUCAAGGUAGUGGAAUAUCAAACUCACUUCAUCCUUGUUGAAGGCUGGUUUCACUCACAUCACAUAUGACUAUUCUUUAUUUACCUUAAAAGAAGAAAAAGGAAUAGUGGUCAUUCUAGUCUAUGAGGAUGAUUUGCUUAUAACUGGUGACAAUGAUAUUAUGAUCAAAGAAGCUAAGACAACACUGCACUAACAAUAUAAGCUGAAAUACUUAGGUGAGCUUAAAUAUUUCUUAGGCAUUAAAAUACUAAGAUCAAAGAAGGGGAUUAUUAUGAAUCAAAGGAAGUACUUGCUUGAGUUGAUUUCAGAGACUGGUCUGGCAGGUGCAAAACCUACACCCACACCACUAAAAUCCAACAUUAAACUGACUUUGGUAGAGGUUGAUGAAGCUGCUGGAAUAACUAAUAGUGUGGUUCUAAGAGAUGCAUCUAUUUAUCAAAGACUGGUUGGAAAACUUAUGUAUGCCACAAUCACAAAGCCUGAUAUUUGCUAUGCAGUCCAGACUUUGAAUCAGUUUAUGCAAAAACCUAAGAGAUCUCACUUAGAGGCUGCAUACAGGGUUGUUAGAUAUCUGAAAGGGAAAGGUAUUUGGAUGGUCACAGGGAAAUGUAGAUCUAAACUGCUGGUGUGAUUCUGAUUGGGCUGCAUGCCCUAACACUAGAAGGUCACUAGGUAUGUGAUACAGUUUGGAGGCUCACUAGUAUCAUGGAAAUCUAAGAAGAAACACACAGUUGCUAGAAGUUCAGCUGAGGCUGAAUAUAUAAGCAUGGCCUCAGUAGUGGUAGAGAUAACUUGGUUGGAAGGAUUAUUCUCAGAACUAGAUCUCCUCAUUCACAAUCCUAUCACAGUAUUGAGUGAUAGCAAAUCAACUAUUCAAUUGGCAGCUAAUCCUAUAUUCCACGAAAGAGCGAAACAUAUAGAGAUUGAUUGUCAUUUUAUUCGGGACAAGAUCAAAGCAGGAUUAGUCAAAACAGUUCAUGUGUCUACGCAACAUCAAGUGGAAGAUAUAUUGACCAAGGGCUUAAGUCAUGAGCAACAUUAAUAUCUUCUUAGCAAGCUUGGUGUGCUCAACAUUCUGAACCCUUCAGCUUGAGGGGGAGUGUUAAAGAUUACUAACGCAUAUGGAUGAAGUGGAAGCAACGGAUAAUAACACUAUGGUUAAUAGUUAUUGCUUAAGUCUGUUGCAUUGUCCUAUAGUGAAGUAGUUAAUUAGUUUCAAGGAGUAGUUAGUUAGUUAGUUAUAAUUAAUUGCCAGCUAGGACACUACAAGUUGAGAAGCUUCCAGAUGCUUCUAGAUACUUUGUAUAAACUCUAUAAAUAAGUCACUAAGUCAACUAGGAAAAACAACUGUAACUUCCAAUUCUUACCAUUACAUCAAUAAACACUUUGAUCUUCUUCUUCUUCCUC